CGUUAUGUCGAUGGCACGUUCGACACGGAGUACUUCACUACUAUAAUAAAUACUUUUACGAGAGGCAUUCAUUAUAAAAGCAAGAGUAUGACAAUACAAUUUGUCGACACCGCUGUUCUUCCUGAUAUAGAUGAAUACAGCAACCUCGACCCCUGUCAUAUCAUAGAAACCCAUAGCUGUAUGCUCGUUUACUCCGUCACAUCCAGGGCAUCCUUCAACAUGAUUGAGGUUAUUUAUAAAAAGUUGAAAGACAACAGGGGUGUCUCGAUUCCUUGUGUGAUUGUUGGUAAUAAGAGCGACCUGGAACAUCAACGGAAAGUCACUGCUGAGGAGGCCAGAAAGCUUGCAGAGAAGCUGCGCUGCUCCUUUCAGGAGGCGAGUGUAAAAACCAACACAAAUACAACGAGUGCAUUUAAACUUUUAUUUGAACAAAUUAAAGACAUUUGA